UAGGAAUCCAGUCCAAAUGUUUUCCAUAUUAGUUCAGAGCCUUCUCUGUUUUCAAAUAGCAGCCGUGCAGGGCUUAUGGUGAGAGGAGGCCUUGGCAGGGAGGGGGGAAGGGAGAGAGGCAGACGACAGACAGGCUCAUCCACCCCAAACACUGCAACAGUAAAAGUCAAGAGUACAGAGGGAAGAGUGUAAAGAAAGGAGGAGAAAUGGGGCAAGGGCAAAAAGGUUCCUCAGACAACAAGGAAGGCAAGAAGAAGAGAGAUGAAAGCCCAGCGCCAGAGGACAGCCAUAAGUGCAGAGUCUGUCGCUUCCCCCUGCUCGUCGCCCUGCUCCAGCUGCUUUUGGGGGUGGCCGUCACUGCCGUGGCCUUCCUUAUGUUGGCCAUCAGCCCCUCACUCCUGGCCAGGGAGACGCCACACUGGGCUGGAAUCAUUCUGUGUUUAGUUUCCAUCGUGGGCUUCAUCCUGUACUGUGUCACCUAUCUUCCUGAUGAGAGAACGUCUAUGCAGUUCAUUGGCAAGCUCCUGUACUUCAUCCUGUGCACAAUCGGUCUGGUCAUUUCAGUGCUGGUCGUGGCGUUCGCUGGAUAUCACCACUCACAGACCAGUAAGUUAAGCUGUAAGGAGGUGGGCGAGAGCUGCGUGUGCACGCUGGCUCAGAAUGACCCAAUAGCACGCACCUUCACCUAUGAGGGAGUCAGUGACUGCGAGGUGAUCACUGGGACACUCACACUCUACUUCGUGAUCCAGAUUGUGCUGAACCUGGCCCAGGCACUCGUCUGUACCAUUGGUGCCUUCAUCAUGUGGAAGCACCGUUAUCAGGUUUUUUUUGCUGGUCUUCAGAUUGGCUCUCCCUCCUCCAAACAGUGGCAGAAAGUUUAGCACGUGGACGACAGAAUUGAUGACUCUGGUCAGGCAGAUCAUAAGGGAUGGUAAUGGAGCCGUGUGAUUACACUCUGGACAAAUGUGUUUUUACUGAUGUCAGUUUAUACUAAUCUUUUUGUGGUAGUUGUACUGUACGGCUUUUUGCACAAAUUUUGUAUACUCUAUAAGUGACUUUGUACUUCCUGUGUCCAGUGUUAUGAAAAUAACUUGAAUAGAUAAAGAGGAGCAAAACAACAGAUCUAUUUUUGAAAAACUAAUCCAGUUAUUUGUGUUCCUUGGUAAUGAAUUUUUCACAAUGUUUCUAAUCAUCUCGACCUUUACUCUCGUCACAUACAGCUCUCACACGGCUGUAGUGCCAGACAAAUUAGAAGCAAACUUUGAAACCAGAGCAGCUCAUUUGUUAUGCACUUAACUCCAAAAAUGUACAUGCUCUUGCAAAAUAUCUUUUAUUUUGGCCUACAGAGAUUUAAUGGUCAUGAUUAGUUGCUCUAGUCACACUUUAGGUGGCACACAAAGUAACUGUGUUGUCAAAUUACAGUUAGCAAAGACACUGUCCGUGAAAAGGUCACCCGUUGGAGAAAGAAAAUAUGGAGAAGAAAAUAUUAGAGAUUUGUCAUUUAAAAUCCUAAUUUAAUGAAAAAAGCAUCACAUUAGUUAUUCGUUUGUUGCUUUUCAAUCAGAAAAUUACAUUAUAGUGACUUGACUAUUGACUAUAUUGACUUAAUUAAUCCCAUGAAGAACUCUGUUUUGUUUCUUUUGCUACUAUACAAACGUAUGCAGCUCAGUAAUACUCCAAACAGUUCAGUUACAUGAAUUAAAAAACAGAUCCUGACAGCGGUAGCACAAUCUGCACAGAGUACACUUUGUGAGACUGGAUCCAGACUGAACUGGGCUGUGGCUUGCGAAGGUGGAUGCCAGGCCAGUAGCCAGCAUGACUCAAACAGCCUGUAGGAGUCAAGCUACUGCAGCCACAAAGGGAGGGAGGAAGGGGCCAGGGUGAGGAAAGGGGGACUCAGACAGGCAGCUGGACUUUGAGUAACUAAAUCAUCUCACUGUGUUUACAGCGUUUCAGUUGUUUUCAUUCAGGAAGGACAGGCCAGAAGGGAUGAAGCAACAGCACCAUUUUAAGUUUGUCUUUGUAAAAUGCUUUGUCUUAUGCAAAGGUUCAGCUUUGCUUACGGUCAUCUCAGGUGCAGACAGCGGUCACCUGGAGUUUAUACACGAUGAACAUGGAAUGGGAAAGGGGAGGCAGUUUCCAUGGCAAAUCAGAUGAAAUGUGCUCAGAGGGAGAGUGUAAUUAGUGCUCAAAGUUACAUCUAUUUUGAAAAAAAAUGAGCAUUGACUUGGGGAGGAUGCAAAGAAAUAUGAUUUUGCACAGAAGCCUUUUAAUGUGUUGUUUGAGGAGCAUUUCAUUGAAUAAAGAAGAAAAGUGCCAAGAA